UGAAAACCCUCAGUGCUGCUGGUUCGACUCCCGUGGAAACACCUGGGCGCUGCAGCUCCUACGAUAGGUCCACUCUCACGCACCCUUCCACUCCACAUCCCAGCUCAUUGCGCACGCCCGCUGUCAAUCUCCUCCACUAAACCCUCCCCCGAGAUAUGAAAUAGGCCGAGUGGCCGCCCGGCUCUUGCACUAGUUGCCCAGACGGCGUCCCGCUUCCACCCGAACACGAGAGCCGCGUCUCUGCUGCGGUGCGUCGCGCGCAAGGCUGGACAGAGAUGACAAGAGCCCCGCGGAACUGUGCAGACAAACAUGGAUCUCCGUAAAACGCUGGUUUCGGUGCUUUGGAUAUUAUUGCUGAGCCGAGUGGAAGACUGUCACGCAGAGGAAGUGGUGCUGCUGAACUCUAAAGAGACUCAGGCUGAGCUCGGCUGGACGUCAUAUCCCCCCAAUGGAUGGGAGGAGAUAAGCGGCGUCGAUGAGAAGUACAAGCCCAUCCGCACGUACCAGGUGUGCAACGUGAUGGAGCCCACGCAGCAGAACAACUGGCUGCAGACCGGCUGGGUGACGCGGCGCGGCGGCCAACGCAUUUUUGUGGAGCUGCAGUUCACAUUACGAGACUGCAACAGCAUCCCAGGUGUAGCGGGAACCUGCAAGGAGACGUUCAACCUCCUGUACGUGGAGACGGACAGAGACCUCGGGGGAGUGACCCGAGAGGACCGCUACACCAAGAUCGACACUAUCGCUGCCGAUGAGAGCUUCACACAGGGCGACCUGGGCGAGAGGAAGAUGAAGCUGAACACUGAGGUGCGCGAGAUUGGUCACCUGAACCGUAAGGGCUUCCACCUGGCGUUUCAGGACGUCGGCGCCUGCGUGGCCCUGGUGGCGGUGCGGGUGUACUACAAACGCUGCCUCGCCACCGUGCAGAACCUGGCAGUGUUUCCCGACACGGUGGCUGAGGCGGCCUUCGCCACGCUGGUGGAGGUGCGCGGCGCCUGCGUCAACAACUCUGAGGUUGACACAGACAGCCCUCCCAGGAUGCAUUGCAGCGCCGAGGGGGAAUGGCUGGUGCCCAUUGGGAAGUGCAGCUGCAGCGCCGGCUACGAGGAGGGACACAGCAGCUGUGAAGCGUGUCCCCCUGGAGCCUACAAGAUGUCCUCCAGGCAGCAGGAGUGUUUCCCCUGCCCGGCCAACAGUGUCGCGGAGGAGGAGGGAUCCGUGGUGUGUGUGUGUGAGGAGGACCACUUCAGGACUCCCCUGGACACUCCCUCAGCCCCGUGCACACGGCCCCCCUCCCCUCCGAGAGAUCUGGUAUACAGCUUGAAGCAGUCCACGCUCAUCCUGGAGUGGGCGGCGCCGUCCGACACGGGCGGCAGGCUGGACCUGACCUACAGCGUGGGGUGCCGGCGGUGUCUCGGGAGACAGUGCGAGCCGUGCGGGGCGAGCGUCGGCUUCGUGCCUCAGCAGGUCGGCCUGACGGAGAGAACGGUGACCGUGGUCAAUCUCCUCCCCAACACCAACUACACCUUCACAGUAGAAGCCUUAAACGGAGUGUCGGAGCUGUUGCCCAACAAGAGGUUCUACACGCAGGUCAACGUGUCAACAAGCCUUCCUGCGCGGUCUCUGAUCAGCGAGCUGCGGGCGGAGAAGAUCGAGCAGAAGAGCAUAACUUUGGUGUGGAGGGAGCCGAUCUACCCGAACAGCAGCCGCACCGAGUACGAGGUCAAGUACUACGAGAAGGAACAAAAGGAUCAGAGUUAUUCUACCAUGAAGACGGCCGCCACACGGAUCAGUGUCAACAACCUCAAACCUGGCACCACAUACGUCUUCCUCAUCCGCCCUCUGUCCACGCCGGCCUCCUCCUCCCUGUCCUCCUCCCCGCUGUCGUCAUCUUCGUCCUCCGCUUCCUCCUCCUCUACUUCCUCCUCUUCUUCAUCAUCCUCCUCCUCGUCAUCCUCCCCGCCACCCAUCGACUAUGGGGCGUACAGCGCUCCCCUGGAGCUGCAGACACUUGGCGAGUUGGCCCUGGCGUCCAGCGAACAGAACCCAGUGGUGAUCAUUGUUGUCGUGUCUGUGGCUGCCCUCAUCAUGCUGCUCUCCAUGGGAGUGGGACUGCUCAUCUGGAGGAGACAAUGUGGCUACAGCAAAGCUUCUCAGGAGGGAGACGAGGAACUUUACUUCCAGUUUAAGAUCCCGACGCGAAGGACCUACAUCGACCCGGAGACCUGUGAAGACCUGCUGCAGGCCGUCCACGCCUUCGCCAAGGAGCUGGACAACUCCAGCAUCAAGAUAGAGAGAAUCAUGCACACAGGUGACUUUGGGGAGGUGUGCCGUGGCUGCUUGAAGCUGCCCAGUAAGAGAGAGCUGCCAGUGGCCAUAAAGACGUUAAGGGCCGGCUGCUCGGACAAACAGCGCCGCUCGUUCCUCAGCGAGGCCGGCAUCCUGGGGCAGUUUGACCACUCCAACAUCAUCCGACUGGAAGGCGUCAUCACCACCGGUAACACCAUGAUGAUCAUAGUGGAGAGCAUGUCGAACGGAUCCUUAGAUUCCUUCCUGAGGAAACACGAAGGCCAGCUGAGUGUAAUGCAGCUGAUGGAUAUACUGACCGGGGUGGCAUCAGGGAUGAAGUACCUCACCGAAAUGGGCUUCGUCCACAAACGGCUGGCCGCACACAAGGUGCUGGUGAACGCCAACCUGAACUGCAAGGUGUCCGGCUUCAGACCUCUACAGGAGGACAAGAUAGAGGCCAUCUACACCACACUGCACGGAGGGAAGAGCGUGGUGCUGUGGACCGCUCCGGAGGCCAUCCAGUACCACCGCUUCUCCUCCGCCUCAGAUGUCUGGAGCUUUGGCAUCGUCAUGUGGGAGGUCAUGUCCUACGGAGAGAGACCCUACUGGGAUAUGGGCAACCAGGAUGUGAUAAAGGCCAUCGAGGACGGCUUCAGGCUGCCGGCUCCAGUUAGCUGUCCUCCACAUCUCCAUCAGCUGAUGCUGGACUGUUGGCAGAAGGAGAGGACGGAGCGGCCCAGCUUCAGCCAGAUCCACUCGGCCCUCAGCAAGAGCAUUCGCUCCCCCGACGGCAUCGGUUCCUCCACCCUGGCACGCAGGACCCUCAGUUCAUCCAUUACAUUAGCAGAAAGACCUCUCCCCUCCUUCCCGUCCUUUAACUCAGUGGGAGAGUGGCUGGACGCAGUGGACAUGGGACGCUACAAGGACAAUUUCACUGCGGCGGGAUACUGCUACUUGGAGUCUGUGGCACGAAUGACUGUACAAGACGUCCUGAGCCUGGGCAUCACUUCCCUGGAGCACCAGAAGCUGAUACUGGCGGCCAUCCAGACCCUCAGAGCCCAGGUCAUCCAGAUGCACGGCCGCGGUGUGCAGGUCUGACGGAACGGCCGACGUGAUGAAGUCUCACGCUGCUGCUGCUGCUGCAGACGGAUGAGGAGGCAGAGGAAGAGAGAGAGAGCGAGAGAGAGAGAAGGAGAGAGAGAGAGAGAGAGAGAGCUCUUCCAGACUAACGGAAAGAUGAGCAGAUCUUUCAGCCACUCCUCUAUUUACUCCUCCUCCCCACACUUCCUCAUGCCUUCCUUGAUAACCUUCCUUCCUUAUUUUAUUACCAUUUUUUUAAAUGAACCCCCCUUCCCCCUGCUGGAGACGAGCGGUAUUCCUGUUGCGACGGAGGAGUGGGCAGCAGAGGAGUGAUGUCAUGUGACUUUUUUUUUCCCGUGUGUGACCUCUAUCUGCACUUUGACCUUCAAUAACUGUGUCAGCUCUGUCUCGCCGGUUUGCGGAUCAGUGCGUCAAAAUCAAACGGGACGCCGUCUCCAGCGGGACGAGGGGGGGGGGGCUCUGGUCUGGAGCUGACCUCCGAGCUGCGGCAGGAGGCAGAGAUUUAUUACGCUGCAAACGCACCAGUUGUCAAAGAAACACAAUUCUUGGGGGGGUGGGUGGAAGUUUCCCUUUACACAGGACAUCGAUUCACCCAAAAAACAAUAUAUGAACUAUUCUACAGGCCUUGGAUCAAAUGACGCUCUCCUCAGACGUGACACAGCUAAACCCACAUCAGACUUAUUUACCGUGACGACGCAGAAUCAUACGAUUAAAGGGACAUUUCUGGAUAUUCAACGUGGCUGGAAUGUAAACCUGUGGUUUCGGACCGAGCUGUCCCGUGUUAGGUUUAGAAGAGGUUGGAUGGACGAACAGUUCUGUGUCGAGCUGUAUACAGUAUUUAACGUGUGAUGAAGGUGAACAGAGCGACGGUAAGUUGUGGGCGGUGAUUUUCUGGACUUUCAGGAAUAUCAGCCCCUCGUUUCUUCUUUUUUCUCUUUGGGGCCACAAACGCUGCAAAGAUCCGCUUGUAAAGCAAAGGGAAUAAAACGAGUUUGAUUUGUUCAGUCAUUCGUUUUACGUCGCCAUCUCUUUCGCUUCCCUUUUGCAUCGUUUCUUUAUUCCCUCCGUCUCUCUCUCUCCUCCGCUGUGCUCUCCAUUCGUUCUUUCUUCUAAUUCCCCCGUUGGCCUCACCCCCCCCUACAAAGGCUUCUCACCACCACGUCUAAUCCUCUGUACAGAACUCAGGCCAACUCUGGAAGAUGGCGUCCAUUCAGUUAUUUAUCCGUAUUUAUUUAUGUUUACGGACUUUGAGGCGAACCUCCGCUGCACCAGAGGUCAAGAGGGUUUAUUUAACUUAAAGUAUUUAACAAAAAAAAAGUAUUGUUGAGCAAUGUCUCGUCGUUUUGUUUCCGUUUGAUUUGUUGUUUGAUUUAUUUACAUGAUGAGCGUGAACAGAUCGGUUGUUUUUACAGGAAGUGACGGGAACACUGGAGGAUUUCAAACCGUCUGCACACAGUAGCUGUGUCCCAAUUCAAUGACGCACCUUCGUGGGCCGCGUUGACCGAAACGUGAAAAGAACCGGUUUUGUCUACGAAGGAUUUUCUGUGAUCAGUCACCAGCUUGUCCCAUCAGCGGUAACCGCUGUUGCCUAGCAACAGAGCUGCACAUGGGCCCGGCAAGAACCUUUUAAUGCUCCUCGUUUUUUAAAAAAUGCGUAAUGUUACCUGUUCGGUUGGUUUAAGUCCAAUACUUUCAUUUUAAAAGUGUGAGCAUUUGACACAGGCCAGAGUAUACCCCAGGGGAUAAACUGUUUUGAUGUUGUUAUCAGUGUUUAACUUUGAACAUUUAUAUUGUAGCGAGGACUUGCUAGUCUUAGAAGUUGAAGUUUCAGGACGUAGUAAUCUUUGAUCUUUGCGGAAGUCUAAUAUUUUUUCAGUUUUUCUGGUUGAAGUAAUAAAAGUCUAUGUUUUAGAGCUUUAAGAUUUAAGUCAGUUAGCUUUCUCACUUUACUUACCUGACAAAGCUGAACCCCCAAUAAAAUGUUGAAAAAUUAAGUAAUUCUUGUGUAUAUCACUCAACACUACUGAUAUCAUGGGGGUAUAAUCUGGCCUGAGGGGUAUGAAUUGGCCUAGGCCAUAAUAUACCCGGGGUAUAAUCUAGCCUAGGCCCCUUUAACCCCAGGUAUAGUCCGGACUGGGGGUAUACUAUGGCCUGUUACACCGGGAUUGAGGAUUCGCCCGUUGAAGCCUUCGUAGUUUGGGGAUCGUUCACGAUGGCGAAGGAGGCGGAGCCUGAAUUGGGACACAGCUCGUACCUAUGUAUUCUUCCAGAUCCACUCUCAUUGGAUUUGCUGUAUACAUCACAGUGUGUAGUGUGGAUACAGUAUCACAGAAUGUCAUUGAGAUGCUAUUUUCUUUCUUUGUUGCUGUCGGAUUAUCAUAGUUUUAUGUUGCUGUUUCUCUGCCGCUCUGCCGCUCUACGUGGUUGCACUCUUGAACUCCCAGAAUCCUCUCUGUACAGUGUUCGGCCCCUCGCCUUUUCUGUCCUAUUUAAAUACAGGCGGUUUGAAGGAAGAAGUUUAUCGGGGCAUUGUUUGAUUUUUCACAGUUUCACACUCGAGCGUACGAAAUUUUUUUGACCGAUUAUUGUCUGGUCUGGUUUGUAUUUGGUACAAGAUGAGUUUUAGUCCUUAUUGACGUUAUCACACACAUGUUAACAUAUCUGGAAAACACUCGGUUGGUCCCUUUACACAACACAACAAACACACACACACACACAAAAUCACGAACAAACAACAGACGACCUCGUCACCACGAUGAAUGAAACUCGAAUCUUCCCCCCCCCCCUCUCUAUCCCCGCCUCUGUUACUGUAACCGUUAUGUUUAAUACUGUAAAUAUGUAUUUGAAAAUGCGAAAUCUAUUUUUAUAAUUUGUUUGAAGAACAACGUGUUGGAUAUGAUAUCUUGCUCACUGUGUAAGGGUUUUGUUUGUUUGAAUUUUAGGGCCAUAGCUGAGAAAACACUGGUGUUUGGAAUAUAAAAACUGAAAAGUUCCUUUUUUUGUUCUUUUGUUAGUUUUUUCGAUGAUUUUUACUUGUUAGAAGAAAAUCUGAUGGCUGUUGCAAUAUUGAAACGUGUUAUUAAAAAAUUACAAUACAA